GCGGGUUGCAAAGACGUUAGGCGCGUGGAGAUCCUGUUUACGGUGUUGUGUGGCUGUGUAGUAGACGAGCACAGCACAGCAGUUACUGACACACCACGUGAAGACCGAUACGAAGCCGAAGAGUGGUCACCAUAGAAGCAACCAUCUUCAACCAAUGAGAUGAAAUCAAAAGACUGAAAGCCAAGGCAAGUUAAGUUGCCUCCACGCGCGUAAGCUGAAAUGGGUGAAAUUUGGUGAAAAGUGUUCAAUAAAUAGUAGCUUCAGGCUCGGUCGGAUUUAGCAUCAUUCGGCCGCCGAACAGAACCAUGUUUGUGUAGCAUAUUCAAGUGUAAACGUCCUACCUCCAAAAUAAUAGGAUGUUCAAGAAGAAAUUAAAAGUUCGAUUUUUUAUUAGCUGUUAGCUUGUACGUUUCUCAAUCUUCGAGCCUCUCCUUGUCGUUGUUUUCGCGUGACAGAAGCUGUGAAUAUAUAGUGAAUAGUAGUAUAUUCCAAAAUUUAUAAGCAAAUUCCCCCCCCCCCCCCCCGGUGCAAGUUCUGAUUGUGCGUGCGUGAAUGGGUCCGGUGCCCCAAAAAUAGCAAUCAAUUUCCGAUCUUAAUCCAGUUCUGGGGCACUCCAGAAGUGGCUGGAAAUGUGAGUGUGCACGCGCACUGGAUCGUAAAAAAGUCCGUAAUUCAAUUUAAUAAAUAAGCAAGCAAAGUAUAGCAUCAAUAAAGGUGAUAGAGGCAUAAAACGGGGGCGUACGUGCGGCAAUUUUACUCCUCGGUUGCCAUCGGUCGUGCCCCGCAGUGUAAGGAAGAUAAAGCGCGUUUCUUGUGGAUGUGAGGAGCUGGGCUCUGCCAAGGAAAAAAAAGGUGAUAAAACGUGGUGUUUUGUGAUAUCGAAAUUCUAAAUAAAAAGGAAAAUUUCCACGGGAAGCGUUCAGUGGCUGGGAAAUUAUCGCAACGAGAGUGUGAGAGUGUGGUAAGGGUGCAAAUAAGCGGCAAUCAAAAUGUACGUCGAGUACACGGAUCGAAGGAACAACGAACGUGAGGCAGCGAUGGCGGGCAGCAAGUUUAUGGUUUCACACCUGCAGCGCCACAACAACCAGCAGCAACCCCAUCCCCUGGAGCCGAUAGACCCACAUCACUAUCCCGUGACGCAACGAAUUCCCCCGCCCCGAUCCAGCAAGCACGGGAAGCAUUCCGGGCUAGGUGCCAAUUCUUCCAACGACCCCUCCAGUGGGUACAACAACUACUACUCUGGUCAGCAGCCCAGACCGGCACCCAGAGCUCUUGAUUACCAGAAACAGUUGCUGAACAACCAUACCGGCCCGAUUGGGAUACUGAAAAACAACACCACCAGCAACAAAAACAGUGGCAGUAGCGCAGCCAAUAUCAGCGGCACCAGCCACUCCCAAAGGCGUCCACUGAUUUACGAGUUGAAACAGUAUGAGUAUUUCAACAACCCCACAAGCUACAAGCAUCCGCCUCAACCGCCAACUGUCAAGAACACCAACAGCGUGCUCCAGCAGCACUACAGUGGCCAGAACUACAAUAUCAAUUAUAAUCUGAAUUUUACGAAAAAUCAAUACAACAUACUAAUAUCGCCACCAACGACGACGACGACGCCCGGCCUGACGAGCGCCGGUGCAGCGCCACCAUACGACGAGAACAAUCACUACAAUAGCCAUUAUCAGCAGUAUCAACAUCAGAACAACGUCAGUAGGAACUACAAAAACAACUACCAUAGCACUAGCGCCACCAAUCAUAAUCUCUACAACAACUACAAUCAGUAUCUUAGCAAUCAGCAUCAACACCAGACCAAGGAGUCCUAUCUGGACGAGAAGCCACCGCUUGUAGUAGGUGACAUCACGACGGAAGGCGGCGACGGUGGCACCUGUGGCAAAAUGCAACGCGAGGAGAUUAUCAUCGAACACAGUCAGCUGGUUGGAGACCGAAGUGGACCAGGCGCUGUCAUACACCCCGCAGCCGGUGGUGGUCCCGCUGGACGGGAACCAUGCGCGGGAGGACAGCCAUUACUACGCGGUAAAGGUGGCAAGCUGACGGCCAUCAACCUGACGCAUCAUUGCACGCAGAUAAUCGCAGCCCUCGCAGUAUCAAUCGGACCGCUGGCGGCCGGCCUGGGGAAGGGCUACUCUAGUCCUGCCAUUGCUAGUCUCCAGGACCUACAUCUACGGCAACGAGGCAACUAUACAGCCUUCCCCGUCAACGACCAGCAGGCAAGCUGGAUUGCCAGUCUUUCACUUUUGGGUGCUCUCUUCGGCGGCAUGUUCGGUGGCGUCGCCAUGCAGUACGGCCGGAAGCGGGUGCUAGCAUUGAUGUCGUUGCCAUAUUCGCUUUCCUGGAUCCUGACGGUGUUCGCCAAAUCGGUCGAGACGAUGUUCUUUACCGCCUUCGUCGGGGGAUUCUGCUGUGCCAUCGUGUCCACCGUGACCCAGGUGUACAUCAGUGAGAUUUCCUCGCCGGACAUCCGGGGCUUCCUGAGUGCGAUCCAGAAGAUUGCCGGCCAUCUGGGAGUGCUGAUAUCCUACGCGCUCGGAGCCUACCUGGACUGGCGGCAGCUGGCGAUGCUGGUCUCGGCGGCGCCGAUUAUGCUCUUCAUAUCUGUGAUCUAUAUACCGGAAACGCCGAGCUUCUUAGUGUUAAGAGGUUGCGAUGAGGAAGCUCAUCGCUCGCUUCAAUGGCUUCGGGGUCCACAUAAAAACGUAGAGAUAGAACUCGACACCAUCCGUUCGAACGUACGUACAUCGAGAAUCAACCUGCUGAACCGGAUGUCUUCGGUGGCAACGAACACCCCGGUGUCAAACGGAGGAGGUCAACAGCUACCGACAGACAGCCAACAGCAACAUCAGCAGGGAAGUCGCCUCGGCAGCCGACUUUCACAAUUCGUGCGAUCCUGGCAGCUGCCAAGGGUUUCCUUCGCUGCCAUCGUGUCCAACGUGAAAGCCGUCAUGCGGAACGCUCGCCUGGUGAAACCCGUCUCCAUCACCUGUGGCCUUAUGAUCUUUCAACGAUUCACCGGUGCCAAUUCGUUUAACUUCUACGCUGUGAGCAUCUUCAGCAAAACUUUCGACGAUUUGAACCCGCACGGGGCAGCCAUCGCAGUAGGCUUUGUACAGGUGCUCGCCUCCAUGCUGUCCGGUUUGCUCAUCGACAUCGUCGGCCGGAUACCGUUGCUCAUAGUGAGCAGCGUGUUCAUGUCCCUGGCCUUGGCCAGCUUCGGCUCGUUCGUUUACUAUGGGCAAACGAACAAAUUGCUCGCCACCUACGAUCUGGACACACCGACCGAAAACAACGACUGGAUACCACUGCUGUGUGUUCUAGUGUUCACCGUCGCCUUUUCGCUGGGCAUUUCGCCUAUUUCGUGGUUGCUGGUUGGUGAGUUGUUCCCACUGGAAUACCGAGGAAUUGGUAGCUCGAUUGCCACCAGUUUCAGCUACUUCUGCGCUUUCCUCGGUGUCAAGACGUUCAUGGAUUUCCAGGCGGCGUUCGGUUUGCACGGUACGUUUUGGCUGUACGCGUGCAUAUCCUGUGUGGGGCUGUUCUUCGUCAUCAUGGUCGUUCCGGAGACCAAGGGACGCGAUCUGGAGGAAAUGGACCCGAAGUACGUGCGAACGCUCACGAUAAAUCGAUGAGAUAUGGGAACGCACGUAGAGUAUCUAGUAUAGUAUUUAAUGGGCCCUCGCGCGCUAUCUUUCCCUGUGUCUUUUAUUGUUUAUUACUGCUUAGGAGUCAGCUUCCGCGCUGUUAUGUGUUCACAUUCGUUCGGUGCAUAUGCAAUGUUACUUAAGUUGAAUUGAAGUGCUUAGAAUGCUACUUAUAGAACACAGAGGAACAGCUGAUGAAUGGAAGAGUGAGAAAUGACUGAAAGUUGUGAAACAAUAUUUAAAUGUUCCUAAAAAUGACCGCGAAUGCGUGUUAAGAUGAGAUAGUUAUUGUUGUAUAUGUAGAAGAA